GCCUCAUCGCUCAAGGGUACAAUCGUAUAUAUAUGGUUGAACGAAGGGGGGAACAAGUUAUUUUCGUUGCGCUUGCGCACGAUAUUUGUGAACGCCUCACGCCGGUUUCUUUACACUCGCGUGUUCGUCUGCGGGAUCAGUCUUUUGGCGAACACGUUAUAAAGCGCAUCCAUCGUUUCAAAACUUUGCAACAUGCGAAUUGUCGACGUGAUAAUCAAGAAACGUGACGGAAAGGAAUUAACUGACGAAGAGAUCAAAUUUGUCAUCAAAGAGCUGGUGGAUGGAAGACUGGAAAGUUCGCAGUUAGGUGCAAUGCUAAUGGCAUGGUAUUUCAACGGGAUGAACGCUAGAGAACUUUCCGUGCUCACGAACACUAUGACGCACUCAGGUGAUACGCUCUCCUGGCCAGACGAAUGGAAACCGGUGUUAGUUGACAAACACAGCACUGGAGGUGUUGGAGAUAAAAUAUCGUUGAUAUUGGCACCUGCUUUGGCCGCAUGCGGAUUAAAAGUACCUAUGGUCUCGGGACGCGGAUUAGGAUUCACGGGUGGAACGCUGGAUAAACUUGAAGCCAUUCCAGGAUUCAAAGUGGAUUUAACAUUAGAAGAAAUGCAACAAUGCCUGGCUGAUUCCGGUUGUUGCAUUUGUGGUCAAACCGCCACAUUGGUUCCUGCGGAUAGGAUCAUGUAUGCCACCAGAGAUAUAACUGGAACUGUCGAAAACGCCAACUUUGUUACUGCGUCAAUCAUUUCCAAGAAAGCAGCUGAAAAUGUCAGCGCUUUAGUUCUCGACGUGAAAGUUGGUAGAGCCUCAUUCUCUCAAACUCUGGCCGAUGCACGACAUCUAGCCAAAAAUUUGGUAGGCGCGGCGCGGGACCAAGGAAUGUUGACCAAGGCUGUUUUGACAUCAAUGGAUCACCCUUUAGGUAUGACGGUGGGAAAUUCACUGGAAGUGAUUGAAGCCAUAUCGGGACUCAAAGGCACAGGACCAGAGGAUCUCAAUGAGUUGGUUGCCAUUCAAGGGGCUCUACUGCUACAUGCCACGGGCAAGGCGGAUAACAUUGAUCAAGGACGGGAUAUGAUUUUAGAGACCUUGAAGAACGGAACAGCUCUCGACCGGUUUGAAAGGAUGCUGAUCAAUCAAAACGUAAUGCCAGACGUGGCACAUGAAUUAUGCUAUGGAAAUGUAGAAUCUGUACUACCACGAGCAAAGUAUUCAUCUCCGCUAGUUACUUCAACUUCAGGCUACGUCACUGAUCUUGAUGCCCUGGCUAUCGCACAAGUGUGCGGCGCACUUGGAGCUGCCCGAGCACGGGCUGCCGAUAUUAUCCUGCCUGCGGUGGGAGUUCAACUCAAUAUCAAAGUCGGCCAGGCUGUCGUUGAGGGUCAAGUCUGGGGUGAAUUGAAGCACGAAUGCGAAGUAGUACCAAAGGACCUGUGGCAAAAGCUACAAGACGCCAUAAGUAUCAGUGUGACACAACAGACAAUUGAAGCGAGCCGCAUCUUGGAAAUAAUUGAAUGAAGCACCGACUAAUAAGACUAGUUUUCAAACGAAGCUUCCCUGUUGUUUGAAUUAUCCACUCACUGUUCUGCUAAGCGUGAAAGGUAAAAAGAAAAAAAAAAUGAU